CCAAGAGUAGGCACUAUUAUGUGUUUUGGCACUGGCCUCGAUUAACAGAGAAAGUACUCUGUAGUUGGGGUUUUAUAGAAGGCUUUAUAGUCAGCGGAAGGGAAUUAUCGCUAGAUGAUGAAAUGUAUAUAAUUCCAAUUGUGUGAGCUUUAAAUUGUGGAUAUAAUUUCAAAUGAUUGUUCAAUUGCACCACUGACCAUAUUACCAUGUCUUCGAAAAAACUUGCUAUGGACGCAAAAUCGAAAAGUUCACAGUCGCGCAAAAACAGACGGCGCAGCACUCGUAACAUCAGUAUGAACGGAGAUGGUGAAGACACAAAGGAGAAAUCAGGUAAACGCACCCGUGACUGUAAAGAAUACGAAGCAACUUAUGAAAACGCUCAAGAUAUGAACGUAGACAAGGACAUUAUAAAUCUGGUACCUUCAGUGGAAUAUGAUUGUUGUCCGUCGGAAACGCCAACUCCACCUGGGACGCGUGUCAAUUUACAUGGUGUAAUUCUCCAUGAAACAGAGGGAGGUUUAAUCGUUUUGAACGUUCGUUGGAGAAAUAAGGUUUUCUCCGGAGCUUUGAUUGACGUGGAGAAAAACAAGUGGGCUUCUGACAGGAUAUUAAAAGAGCAGACUGAUUCUUUUCAAGCACCGCCUCCGAUUAGAAAAAUUAAAAUUCCAACAGGUACUGUGUCGACAGCUGGGGAAGACAGCGAUUCUGGUAAUAAUAAAAGAAAGGCCGUCACAAGCCCGACUACGACGCCGUCGAAGAAUUUGAAAGCUCGGAACGCCGGCAAGAAACGCCACUGUCACGAAGCCACCUCCCCCGUGCAGUGCGAAGAAACUCCGACGAAAAAGAAUAAGAUAAAGGUUCAAAACGGGGGUGAAAAUUCCUUCGAAUGUCCAGAAUUAAAUUGUGGGAGAAAAUAUAAAAACAAGAACGGCUUGUCUUAUCACCGAAAAACCGUGCAUGAAAAUGUGCGAAAAAAUGAUAACACGGAUGAUUCUGGAAAGGAAAACAAGUCGGACGAUUCUGACAGUGGGGAAGAUAAUUUUGUAAUUGAUGAAAAAGCUGAAGAGACUCGAGACGACGAUGAGGAUGAAGAAGAGGAUGAGGAUGAAGCAAGCCAGAAAAAUAGGGGAGACAUCCCUGAAACUGAAGACAGCGACAAGAAGGAAGAGAUGACGGAGAACGAGAAGCAAAUUGAACGACUCAAGUUAAAAACGGAAAAAGCAUUGCUCUGCAUUAAACAAGAAAACGAAGCAACCGGGGAGGAGAAUAAGGGGGAAGUCGAUGCAAAAGAGAACGUCCAAGUAAAAGCAGUAGAUCUCGCGGUCGAUGUUGAAGGUAAUGAUGACCAUCCGAGUAGGGUGGAGAAAACAACAACUGAAGGCUUGAAAGUGCCCACGAUUCAAGUCGAGGCGACUAUCUGUGACUCUAAACCGAUAAUGGACGAGGUGAAAAAAGAAGACCAGCAUCCUAAGGGAACUUGCUACACAAUAAUACAUGAAGAAAGCAUGAAUAGUCUAAACGAAUUAUUUCCGCCAGAGCAGAACUACCAGCAAUAUAGUCCUACCUUAUCAAAUCUCACACCCCAACGUCUCAACGAUAGUUUGACUGAUGCAUUGUCAAAACAACAAGCAGCAAUGAAGCGGACCACAGUUGUAAACGAAGCGUCCUCCCAACCAGCUCAGGGGAGGGACGCUGCGUUAGCCUCACACAAGAAUCAAAACGUGGAAUGCAAGGAAGUGAUUAAACCGUUGUUGACGCCGAAGCCGUCGGUUGAAAUUAAGCGCGACGAUAACCACAUUGUGGAAGACUUGACGAAAAUGUCCAUAGAUAUGUUUAGCAAAGCCUUUAGCAAAGACAUUGUCGACUGUUCCGAGGAUGAACGCUCCGUAUCUCCAGAAAACUUGCUUGUGGCUUGCCAUAAGGCCUAUCCUCAAGAUGAUCGAGACACUAAAGUAAGCAAACCAAACUUUCUUUCUUCUACUGCAAGCAACAUCUUGCUGAAUCCUGCUUUUCAAACUGCACAGUCGCAACCGCAAAAGCUAUUCGAGAAUUCGCUCCUUCUCAUUGAAUUGGCGAGUAAGGUUUCAUCGGCUGCCGUCAAUAUAAAUAGUUUGCAAACUAAAAUUCCAGCACUUCAAAUCCAGGAGAUGGUAAAAUCAUCGAACAUAGAUCAAAAAACUCUAUCACCGAACAUGUUGAAUUUCAUCAAACCAGCAGGGUUGAUGAAUGCUGAUCAAAAAACCUACACCGUCUCCACCUCAGAAGAACGUGUGGAAACUAAACCAAGCAUGGAUGGCAGCGGGGUAAUUGAUAUACAAAUGAAACCGUCUUUGUUGAAACAGAGAUUGUUAUCGCAGACAGGGAAGUCUGACACCACGUUGACCACCAUAACUUCUUCAGGUGUAAAAACUUUCCUACAACCCAACAUAAGUGCAGGCGUUCCACUAUCAAGACAAGCUUCAAGCAAACUCGACGUUUCUUCAAUUGACUCUGGUGAAAAGUUGACGACCGCCUCUUUUACAAUUAACCGGGACCGAAACGAGGAGAAACUAUUGGCGCCGCCUAGUAGCUUGCGGAUUAAUCCACCCAUAACUUCAGAUGAUCGCAUUCAUAUUCGUUCUUGGUAUCCGGAUGCUAUUAAAGAGACGCAACAGCCUUUUUUGUCGAAGGAGUAUCUCAGCGCUAGCCAAACAUCUGGUAUUUCCUCUUUUCGGCUACCGUUGGCAAAGACGUCACCGGCAAGUAAUUUACACGUGUACACACCAACUAAUGUGCCGGCAAACGAGAAAAAUUCAAAAAUCGUGUUAAAGCGCUCGACGCAGCCAAUUCCGAUAGCGCCUGCACCGUCAUCGACGUUACAAGUACCUACGUCAGUUAUACCUUUGACAACAUCGACUGGCUACACAUCGCCAGAAUCAGAUAAAGAACAGCCCCAAAUGGGUCGUUUUACACUCACCAGUGACAACAGACUUAUUCCCAGCCCCGCUGAAAACCGCGGUCGCCCACGAAAAGUGCGUGUCGAAAAAACACACCAAGUUCCGAUCGGCACGGCUCAAGAAAUCGCUAGAUCUCGUGGUCCUGCUGAAAGUGUGCUUAUAAGAAAACAUUCAGCCAGCCCAGUAGCUCGACCAAGUGUUAUUCAGGGGUCGACUCAUAUGCCUCUGGAAGGAGCCGUUAUCAGCAAAAUGGUGGAUAGAAAUCCGGCAGACGGUCAUCCAGUGUUUCAGCACUCAAUCAGUCACGAAAGUAUGGCAGGUGAUAGAGAGAGAUUUACGGCUUUACGACAGGAAAAAGUUUCCGCUGAAGCGCGAAACGGUAGCGAGAAAUAUAAAGAGUACAAGGGUAUAUCUUCUCCUCCUGCUGGUUAUUUCUCGUCGCCACAAAAUCGAAGUAUCUUAUCGCCUCCUCGCUCCACAACAUCGCUUUCGCCACGUUCAGUUGACGCGUUACAGCGAUCUUCACCUGGCGUUAAUCACGAGGUACUAUCGAAAGCUCAUUAUCACCAACUUGCCCUCGAUAGAAAAUUAAACGCAAUGAAUACACCCGUUUCUGAGCUUGGUCGAAGUUAUAUUGAAGUUCAUCGUUCAAAGUCGGAUCUCAUUCGCGGUGUGCCGGAAGGUCUGCGUAUGGUCGAUCCAACGCGUCAGACAGCUUUGUCACCACACGACGUGCUUGCUGUGCAAUCAUUUAUGCGCUCCCAAGAAACAGAAGCUGACCACCGGUUGAUGGAUUUUCACGUCGGUCGGUACGCGCACACAGGUGUGAGGAGUGAGUUACCUCCUGGUCGUAACGAACAUCAACGCGCUAUGUUUGAACGUAGAACUCCAACAGAGGAGGGCGAUCGUAUGCUUAACACGCGCGACCGUUAUCUGCAACAACAACCUACUCCAAGUAUCCAUCGCAGUCCUCGCACACCGCCUGCACCGCAUUCAUCGGCACCACCGUCGCAUCAUUCUACGAAUCUCGUGUUAGGUCGAGCUGAUGGUGCAAUUAUCGGUCCGCUCUCAAUGUACGAGUAUGGAACAGAGCACAAGAGAUAAUAUGGCCGAUUAGUUUUGACGUGUUUGAUCAACAUUAAUCACAUUUUAUUCAGUUUUGUUACUGAAACAAUAAAUUUCAUAUUUUUUUUGUAAAAAAAUUAUCAUUUUGUAUUAAGAAUUGUUUAUAAAUAAUCUACUAUAUAAAAA